AUGCAGAGCGAAACAAAACAAAAUAUCCAAAAACUUCGUGAAGGGGCGAGCGGCCUGAAUCUCGUGAUAGGAGGGCCGCCAAUAUUUCCCAAGGUGGGGAGUGUGUUCUGUAUCGUUGCCGGUCGUUUUGCCUGCUUCGUUUUAUGCAAUAUUCUAUGGUUGUACCUUUGCCACCGUGUGAGAAUGAGCACCGAAAUGUCAGAUGAAAGUUAUCUGGCGGAGAAUUCUUCUAGUUGCAAUCUCACAUUUGAGCUUCAAGAUGCGACCUUCCCAUCCCUUACCCCCGUGAUUGACCGCAAAGAUUCCAAAUUCAAUAGAAAGUACUCUGCUUCACUCCUUCUCGAUGCUAACGGUCGAACACGAACGCCUAUUCAUUUUGACGUUAAUUUGGAGCAGCCCUCCCUAGCAGAGCCUGAUUCAUCGUCAUCUUGCACAAGCGCAACACCAAUCAGGGAAAGACGAGAACCCUUUCAAAAACUACUUCUCACCCUGGCACCAACAUCAUCCUCUUCUCCGAUAGCGCCACCCCGCAUAGUGAAGAAACGAGCCUCUACUCUUCCUAAUUUGAUCCCACCAACGUCGUUGGUAGCAGCGGCGAGAGGUGAAAGUGCGUUUCACCGUCGUAAGGCAUACGAUGAAGUUCGUCGCAAACGUUCCCUCCCCGUUUCCCGCAUUGACCCGCGUCGGCAUCCCAGCAUCAUCGCAAUGGCGGUUGCUGGUCAGCAGCGUACCGAUGCCGCCGCCUUGCGGGCUUCCAAGCGUGCUGAGGCUCGACGUCAGGCCAUGGACAGGAAUCGCCAUGGUUUAGACUUGUGUCAACCAGUUAACUUUUAUGCCAUGCUUGAUAAGGAUAACGGGUGCAAACUCCCCUGGCUUCUUUCGACUUACGUCUCAUUGAAUGUAAAGAAGGAGUUGGAUGACCGUUAG